AUGUCGAAGCCAAGUGUCGGAAUCAACGGAUUCGGAAGAAUCGGACGUCUCGUCCUCCGCGCCGCCGUCGAGAAAGACAGCGUCAAUGUUGUUGCCGUCAACGAUCCAUUCAUCUCUAUCGACUACAUGGUCUACUUGUUCCAAUACGAUUCCACCCACGGACGUUUCAAGGGAACCGUUGCCCAUGAGGGAGACCACCUUCUUGUCACCAAGGAAGGCAAGUCCCAGCACAAGAUCAAGGUCUACAACGCCAGAGACCCCGCUGAGAUCCAAUGGGGAGCCGCUGGAGCCGACUACGUUGUCGAGUCCACUGGAGUCUUCACCACCAUUGAAAAGGCCAACGCUCAUUUGAAGGGAGGAGCCAAGAAGGUCAUCAUCUCUGCUCCAUCUGCUGACGCCCCAAUGUUCGUCGUUGGAGUCAACCACGAGAAAUACGAUCACGCCAACGACCACAUCAUCUCCAACGCUUCCUGCACCACUAACUGCCUUGCUCCACUCGCCAAGGUUAUCAAUGACAACUUCGGAAUCAUCGAAGGACUCAUGACCACCGUCCACGCCGUCACUGCCACUCAAAAGACCGUUGACGGACCAUCCGGAAAGCUCUGGAGAGACGGACGUGGAGCUGGACAAAACAUCAUCCCAGCCUCCACUGGAGCCGCCAAGGCCGUCGGAAAGGUUAUCCCAGAACUCAACGGAAAACUCACCGGAAUGGCCUUCCGUGUCCCAACCCCAGAUGUCUCUGUUGUUGAUCUCACUGCUCGUCUUGAGAAGCCAGCUUCUCUCGAUGAUAUCAAGAAGGUCGUUAAGGCUGCCGCUGAAGGACCACUCAAGGGAAUUCUCGCCUACACCGAGGACCAGGUUGUCUCCUCUGACUUCAUCUCAGACACCCACUCUUCGAUCUUCGACGCUGGAGCAUCCAUCAGCCUCAAUCCAAACUUCGUCAAGCUCGUCUCAUGGUACGACAACGAGUUUGGAUACUCCAACAGAGUUGUCGACCUCAUCUCUUACAUUGCCACCAAGGCCUAA